AUGAUGAGAGAGCAGACCAAACGCGAAAUUAUCGUCGCCUUUAUACCUUUCCCGACAGCCAUCUCAGAGGAUCUUGAUCAUCGAAACAUCACGUCUACAGAAAGACCCAAUCGGUCACGCUUCCUCCUCCGUACGCGCUCUUACCAUACAAGUUGGCCCGCCAUCAUGGUAACUCCAUCCCCGCAGUCCUCAUGAGUUCCACUGUACACUUCUCAACCUUACUCUAUCCAUCUCCAUCUCCGCCUGAACAUCGUCUUCGGGAGAAGGCACAAUAGCGAUCUUCAUUGUUGGCAUCGUGGCAUCGGUGCUUCAUUCCUCCUUUGGAACCAACACCUCCGCAAGUCCAAUCUAUCAUUUCCCCGCAUUCAUGCCUGUUCGCGAAUCUCGUGCGGAGAAGGACCCCUGGAGCAUGGAACGUUGCUGCUGUGUUCUUCGCACAUGUUUUCAAGGACAGCCUAGGAUCUAGGUAUUCGGCUGGGAGUGUUGUUU